CAUUAUGUAGUGGGGUUUAACAAUGUUUAUAUCAGUUUAUUGACAUGACACUGGACAGUUUUUGUUUUGCUUGAACAUAAUUAACUAACAAUCAAUAACUUGUUCUCUAUAGCACCAUUAAUUAAUAUUUGUAAUUGUUCAACAAUUUCUAAUAAUAAUGGUACGUAUCAUUCCAGUGCAUAAUUUUUUAUCACAGAAUGUGGGUCAAAUCGAAGAACCAACCGCUUCUUGUACAGCAAAUAUUUUGGAUCAAGAUAUGUUGUUGUUGGCACUCCCAAGUCAUUGCGUCAAAGUAUAUGGGCUAGCCAUGAAACAAUAUAAAUUAUUGACUAUUUUCCCUACAGUAGACCUUGUUCAUCAACUUUUACAUUCAGAUAAAGGUAAUUACGUUGCAACAUUAGAGUCAAAAACAUCAAGAGAUGGGCUAACUAUCAACAAUUUUGUACGUGUCUACGUUAAUUGGGAAAUGGCAGGAAAUCAAAAUCAAGCAAUGAGAGCACGAAUAGCGGGACGUGUUACUCCAAGUUUGAAUCGAUCUCUGAAAAGUUUGGAAAUGAUAGAAUUACCUUUAAAUGGUCAACCAACUAAAAUUGCUUGCUGUCAAACCACUGGGAAUCUAUUAGUAGUUUUAGGAAAUGAAGCAGUUAUUCACGAAUUAAAAAUUGAAACUCAACAAACAUCAAAGCAUACAUUUCUAGAUUUUGAAUCUAGACCUUGGUCUAUAAAAUUCAGUUUUGUACCAGAUCAGCUAGAAUUUGCUGAGGAAUUUAUUUCUAUUAUGAAUCGUACACAUUUUAUGCUUUUCAGAUUAACCAAUCGAUUUCAUGAAGAUAUUAACGCAAUUAGUAAUGAUAAUACGAAUAUUUCAAGUAGUAGAAAAAAUUCAAUUCAGAAUACGAUGAAGAUUGAUUCAAGAAAAAAUAGCUUCUCAAGUCAUAUUAAUACAGAAAGUAAAUUAAACGAAAAAAAACUAUUGACAGGUUUAGAUUUCACGAAACCCUUAAGCAACGAAUUUUCAUACAUCGACUGGGAUCAGUUGAUUUUUAAUGAACUUGAAGAAAUUCAACGAUUAAAGUCUCAACAUCUUAUUAAUUCUGAAAUGAAUAAUUUGAAUAUACAUUUAAAUUCAAUUAAAUCUGAUAAAGCAGAAGGCUGUCGCACUUUUCAUUCUCCUAUUUUACAUGCGCCUGAAAUAAAUGCAACAAUUACAACGAGAUCAAACGAAGAUAGUUGGUUAGAAAAUUAUAUAAUUCAACAUUUAAUGAGAAUAAAAAUUGAUGUACCCUUUGAAUCAAUCAAUGAUCAAGAUGGUAACAAAGAAUAUUUCACUUGUUCUCUACUUAAACCAUCAUAUAAACGUCAGAAAUUAUCAAUAGCUAAUUUUAAAAAAUCACUUUUACGAUCUACAAAAUAUAAUAUUUUUAAUGGAAUUACUUGUCUCAUUUGUACUUCUCAGGAAGGAUAUUUAGUGAAUUUUUCAUCAUCUAAUAUAAAAGAAUUAUCAUUUAACAUUGAAAAUUCUAAGAUUUACUCAUUUACAGCACCUGUAAGUCAUGCUGCCUUGGAAAAUACAGCUUUACAUGUUUUAACUGAAGCAGGUUUAGAGUCAUACACUCUACGAAUACCACAAUUUUUUUCCGACCAAUCUUUAUUAAAUUGUGAACAUGAUUUAAACAAUAUGCCAGUCUCAUUGAUUGGUCUUCGACCAUUUUUAGGUGUUAAAAAAUUACUUCAAGCUUCAAAAUGCCUUGUGUUGCUUGCUAGUGACGAAGAUAUGUGGACUUUUUAUUCUUUAUAUUUACCAAAUGUUGAAGAUGUUUAUCAAGAUAUUUUAAAUGCUGCUAAUAAUCAUAAAAACAGUCCUAGUACUUAUAAACAUUUACUUGGAGAAGCAAAUAUUGUAUUGAAAUUAGCUAAAGAUUCAAUUUACUAUUCAUCUGAUGCAGCUUUUUGUAGCAAUAUUAACGAUAUGUCUAAAUGUCAUUUAGAUAAUUUAUACAAACAAUCUUGCGCACUUUUAGCUGAUUUUUAUAUUUCUUCUGAAUCUCCUUUAGAUUGGAGUUUAAGCACUUACUACUACAAUCUAGCAGGCUUAAAAACAUACGAUGUUUUAGCACGUAAAAAUCUUCAUAAAGCACAAGGAAUAAUUAUUUUUUUGUCAGAAAGUCUUUUAAAUCUUCAAUCAGGACCAGAAGCGGAUGCUUUAUUUCAAGAACACAAUAUUGUUGAAAUUCUUUUGACUGCUGAAAAGAAUGAUUUGUUAAAAUUAAUUUUAGCAAGUCCAGUUCUUCGUGAAUAUGCUACAGAUAAAUUAAUUCAUGUACUAUCUACUUGGGAAUCUGAUGAUUUAACUUGUCUUGCUAGAGUUCUUCUUUUUCUACAAGCAGAUAAACAACAACAAGCUGAAAAGGCUUUAGAACCAAUCAAAGAUUACUUUAUUAUAAAGAAAACUAUUGCUAAUUGGUCUUGGCUUUUUGACGUAGUCAAUGCUAAAAAUAGUCAUGCUUUGCCGACAUUUUCUGAUUUUUCUAGCAUCUUAAUGAAAUUGAAGAUUAAAGUAUUUGCAAUUGUCCUAGCACAAAUAGUUUACAAACAAGCUGUUACUCUAGAUCAAAUGAUUCAAAUUUUUUUAGCUUAUUUACCGUCAAGAGUUGGAAGAGAUGGAAGAGUUGCUGCUGCAGCUUUACAAUUAUUUUUAGAAACAUAUCUUCAAAUUUAUUAUAAUAAUAAAUCAAAUGACAAUAGCGUUAAUUGUGCAAAGAUUAGUAAGAAUAAUGAAAAUAAUGAUGAUAUGGCUAUCAAUGAAGGAUUUAAGAUAUUAGUACGAUCUUAUCUUGCUAAACUCACACAAAAAAAUAAUAAAAAGACUGAUAUUAUUGAUAAAAUGGAUGAAAAUGAUAAUCAAAAAAUAUUAUUUGGAAAUUUAAGACCUUAUUUCCUUGAUCAUCCAUUUUUCUAUUUAAAAGAUGAAACAAAGAAGCUUUGUAAAGAAUCAGAACAAAAGAUAGAUCAAGAAAAUGAAGGGGUUGCUAAUAAUAUUCGAUUGGAAAUAAAAAAAUUGCAAGCAUUAUUAGUUAGUGGUCAACUUCCACCUGAAUGUUAUGAAGAAGUUGAACGUUUUCUUGACACUCAACAAAUUGAAGGUAGUUUAUCUUUUAGAAUUUUAUGCACUCGAGAUACAAAUAAAGAAAUGCAAAUUUUGGCUGAUGAAUGUCCAAAAAUUUUAUUAGAAUUUGCCAAAGAUAAAUAUACCAAAGCAUCAGAAUGGAAAUAUUUUAUGCAAUUUUUGUUACAAAAAAUGGUUAAAAAUCAAAAUAAUCAACAAAUUCAUGCAAUUUACGACGAAUUAAUAAAAGAUACUGCAAUUUACAUUGCACAAGGUACAUCGAUGCGGGGAUUGCAACGUAUUUUACCUGAUGACAGUUUGCCAGCUUUACAACAAUAUAUUGAUAUUAGUAAUCAAGUAAUCCAUGCAGAUUACAUCAAAACAAUGAUUAUUGGUACUGGUAAACACCUUCUUUGUAAUAUUAAUUUUUAAUCUGAGCUGUGAUUUAAUAAAUAAAUGGAUAUUCUAUAUAUUAUUUAUUAAGUUCAAAACUUAUCAAAUAAUACAUCAAUU